UUUGAAAAAUAUUGGAGCAGUAACAAUAGAUGAGGAAAUCCUUAAUUCAGAAGAAAUCUCAGAAAAUAUAACUAAGUUGAAGAGAAAAUUGAAAAAAGACACAUCAGCGUUGUCUUUUGAAUUGUAUAGGAGAAUUAGGAAGGUCACAGUUUCAGAACUUCCUUGGAAUAGCCCUCUGACAAAUCAAAUUAUUAGUAAUGAUUCAGAUAUUAUAUGUCUCUUGCCAGAUGAAUUGCGAAAUACAUUUAUGGAACCGCUUCAAUAUAUGGUGCCCUCCCUUCCAUCAAUAGUGCAUAGGAAAUGUAAUGAAUUUGUGCAAAAUUUUGCUGAUGAUAUUGGAUUCAGAUUACCACAAAAUCUUUUACAUGAUGGGAUGUGGAAGGAAACCAAUGAAGAGCUUGCUAAUGUUGCUGAAAGGAUUCUAGAUACAUUAAACCCUGCAUUUGGGUCCAAUUUUGUAGAAAAAUUAAAUGAAGAUACUUACGUUACUAAUAUAAUCUUGCCUGCAGUUCGUGCUUCAUUAAAAGGUCUUCCUUCAUGGAGAUCUUCAUUUCUCAGCAAUUUUGAACAACAGAGUAGUGCCAGUGCAGACAGGAGAGGAACACAAAAAGAAAGGGAUGAUGGAGUAAAACUAUGGAGAGAGGCAAAUGAUGGCAUGUUUUGGGUCCACAAAAGUUGUAAACCUAUCAAGAAUGAAUUUGGAAUAAUUAGAGUACAAAUAGUGGGAAGAAAAAUAUAUUUAAAUGUUCUUAUUCAGGAUUCACUUGAU